AUGAGACAAAACAAGGUUACUCAAAGUGUGACCAAAGAUCUAACAGGUGUGGCCAUUGCUGCAUGUUUGACAGGUGUCAAUGCAGUUACCGUUCCAGGACUUGAUUCUCUUUCUAAACAAGCUGCCGAACUUGUUAGAAGAGAUUCAUUUCUUGAGCCUGUAUAUGAUACUCUUACGGCUGCUGAUAGUGAUUUCAUUACUUUCCAUUUGAAAAAUUUGACUUCGUUAACAACCAAUUCUUCCAAAUGUAAUUCUUGCAAAACAAGAGUAAAGUUUGCAAAGAAUUUACUUGAAGAAAACCCAGAUAAAUCCCAUUUAAUUUCCCUUCUUGUUUAUAAGCAAUGUCUUCAAGCUAAUAACAAUUCUGAUACCAAAUGUAACUUGAAGGAUUUUUUUAUUACCACCAAUGAAAAGCAUUUCUUUGAUAUCGAUAGUGAAGGUCAGAAAUUUGCUGCUACUGGAACUUCAGCAGUUAACUUUUGGGAUAAUGAUUUCCUUCAUAUGCUUCAAAACUUCAACACUUCAUCAGAUUUAGAUUUGACAUAUUAUUGCUACUACAAAUGGAGCUCUUGUAAUUUACCUGAGACUCCGGAUGUUAAUGAAAUGUUUGGCGUCAAUGAAUGGUAUCCUGAAAAGAAGGAAGAAUACAACUCUCCUCCAAAUUAUACCAACAAUUCAGAUACCUUUAAUGUUUUACAUAUUUCUGAUUUCCAUAUUCAAUUAAGAUACACUUUAGGUUCGGAAAGCAAUUGUUCUGUUACUCCUUGUUGUUUGCCAGAAUCUUAUAACUCCAAGUUGACCACCAAAAAUUACAAUUUCACUACUGCAUUUGAAAACUCUGGUGCUGAUCUUAAUGAAAUUGAUAUUGCAUUUUAUCCUGAUGCUCAUUAUGAUGAUAAUGAUGUCUUUGUACCAGGAUCCUACUAUAAUUUCCCCAAAUAUAGAGGUUGGAGCUAUGUAUCUCAACCAGCUACUACUUGGGGUGGAUACAAAUGUGAUUCUCCGGAAGUUCUUCUCAAUAAUACCAUGAGUUACAUUAAGCUGGCCCAUGGUGAUAAGGAAUUCGAAUUCACUAUAUUCACUGGUGAUUUGGUUGAUCAUGAUAAGAUCCACUGUUCCCCAGAUGCAACUAAAGAAGCAGAAACCAAGUGCUUCAGUAUUAUGAAACAUUAUUUAGGUGACAUCCCAGUGUUAGCUUCUUUGGGUAAUCAUGAUACUUUCCCUUACGGUCAAUUAUCACCAAUUGAUUAUGAAUUCAACAACUCCUAUAACUGGGAUUCUGAUCUCAUUAAUCAAAUCUAUUUAGACAACAAAUGGAUGAAUGAUAAUGUUAGUAUUGAAUCACUCAGAUCCCAUUAUUCAGGGUUUGCCUAUGAAUCUAAACGUGGGUUGAAGGUCAUCUCCUUGAAUUCCAACGCUUAUUAUCAAAAGAACUUAUGGUCUUACAUCAACCUUUCCACUAAUGCCGAUGCGUUUGGUCAAUGGGAGUUUCUUAUCAAUGAAUUAGUUGAAUCUGAAUCUAAAGGUCAAAGAGUCUGGCUUAUGGCUCAUAUUCCAAGUGGUGAUUUCGAUGCAUUACCCAUUCAAUCCAAGAUCUUUGCUCAAAUUGUUGAACGGUUUUCUCCUUAUACCAUUGCCAAUGUCUUUUUUGGCCAUACUCAUCAAGAUGAGUUUAAGAUUCUUUAUUCCACCAAUUCCUCCAAGGAGAUUGAAGAUGUAAUUAAUAUGGCUUGGAUUGUCCAAUCGGUGACUCCUUUGGCCAACUAUAACCCUUCUUGGAGAUACUAUGAAGUUGAAAAUGAAUCGUUUAACAUCAUAAACUCCUACAGUUACUACACCCAACUUAAUGAAACUUUUGUCGAUGGUGCACUGGAACCAAAAUGGUUGUUUGAAUAUUCCCUUAGAGACACUUAUGAUCCAGAACACUCAUGGCCAACAGAUGCUCCAUUAAACUCUACAUUUUUCCAUAAAUACUUGAUGGAGAACUUAAAAAACCAAACUGAUAUCUCUUUCAAUCAAAAGUAUACGGAUAUAAGAUUCCGUCAUUCUCCAUUCAUUGAUGAUUGCUCCAACGGAACUGUUGUUUCAGAUGACUGCUACAACUCCAAUUGGUGUGCUACAUCCAACUUCCUUUCAGAUGAGUACAUCAAUUGUCAACGUUAG